GGGUGCCUCCUUCCCCUUGUGCUGCAGCCCCUGGUGAAGCAGGACAGCUUGGACAUCUACAACGAGAGAGACCCCUUCAAGAACGACGAGGCAGGAGUGGAUGAGGAGGAGAACGAUGACGUGGACAGCGGGAUCGAGGGGGAGCUGGACCUGCUGGAGCGGGACACGAUCGUCCCCCCACUGCCCCCGCAGCGCCCGCCCAUCGACAGGGUGUCCUUCCCCAAGGGGCUGCCCUGGGCCCCCAAAGUCAGACAGAAGGACAUCGAGCAUUUCCUGGAGGCAAGCAGGAACAAGUUCAUCGGAUUCACGCUGGGACAGGACACUGAGACCCUGAUCGGGCUCCCACGGCCCAUCCAUGAAAGUGUGAAGACUCUGAAGCAGCACAAGUACGUUUCCAUCUCGGAUGUCCAGAUCAAGAACGAGGAGGAGCUGGAGAAGUGCCCCAUGUCUCUGGGGGAGGAGGAAGUCCAAGAAACCCCCUGUGAGGUCUUGUAUCGAGCCAUGCUGUACAACCUGCCCCAGUACAUGAUAGCUCUGCUAAAAAUCCUGCUGGCUGCUGCCCCCACCUCCAAGGCCAAGACCGACUCCAUCAACAUCCUGGCGGACGUGCUGCCCGAGGAGAUGCCCAUCACCGUCCUGCAGAGCAUGAAGCUGGGCAUGGACGUCAACAGGCACAAGGAGAUCAUCGUCAAGAGCAUCUCGGCCUCGCUGCUGCUGCUCCUCAAGCACUUCAAGCUCAACCACAUCUACCAGUUCGAGUACGUGUCCCAACACCUGGUGUUUGCCAACUGCAUCCCCCUGAUCCUCAAGUUCUUCAACCAGAACAUCAUGUCCUACAUCACUGCCAAGAACAGUGUGUCCGUCCUGGAUUAUCCUCACUGCACGGUGUGUGAGCUGCCCGAGCUGACAGCAGAGAGCCUGGAAGCUGGAGACAACAACCAGUUCUGCUGGAGGAAUCUGUUCUCCUGCAUCAACCUGCUGAGGAUCCUCAACAAACUGACCAAGUGGAAACACUCCAGGACGAUGAUGCUGGUGGUGUUCAAGUCGGCGCCGAUCCUGAAGCGGGCGCUGAAGGUGAAGCAGGCCAUGCUGCAGCUCUACGUGCUCAAGCUGCUCAAGAUCCAGACCAAGUACCUGGGGCGCCAGUGGAGGAAGAGCAACAUGAAGACCAUGUCGGCCAUCUACCAGAAGGUGCGGCACCGCAUGAACGACGACUGGGCCUACGGCAACGGUGAGUGA